CCCAGCCUCCCCUGUACCAGGCUGCAAUUGGAUGGAGAGUCCCCAUAUCGGCGACCGUUUCACCCCCGCUUCUACCUAAAUGCAUUGAUCCCCAGCGGCAUCCGCAGCGCCUUGGCAUUGGUGCGGCCAGAUCCAUUAGCUGCCGGGGAGGGGGGUGGUGUUGUUGGAAGCCCCAUUAUCCUGCUGCUUGGGAAGGAGCUGCACCUUGCACACGGAUUGUUACCCGCCUGGAUUGCUGAUGUGACCGCGGAAUGAUGGUGUGGGGACCAUGGCACUGCUUGGGCACAGGCUACUGAGGACAUGAUGGCAGAACGGCUGUGAAGCCCCAGCGGAGCUUUCUCGUUGCUUCUCCCCCACCCCGCAGGGUCUGAUGAGGAUGGAAGGGGACCCUGAUUUGACUGCCUGGUGGGAGAUGAGGGGCAGAGUGGGAGCUGGGGAUAGGGGGGGGCCGGAGGGGGGCUACAUUGCGGUGGGGGAGGGAGGGAAGCCGCCGGUGGAACCGGAUGGACAGGGCGGCAGAACGCCGGCAGCACCCCACCCUCUGCUCUUCUCCCAGUUUGGGCAAUCCUUAAAGGCUCCGGUGGGGAAGCUAGGCCCUGGGCACUACCAGCCGGCCUGUGCCAAUGAGAGGUGGGAGGAGGGGCAGGCCCCCCAGCUUACCCUGCCUGAGAUUUAUUUAACUCCUAUAAUUAAAGCCCCCUGUUUGCCCCACACUGAGAAUCCCAUGCCCCCCAUUGCCCCCCAGCCGCCCCCGCUGCAGAGCAGUUUUACCCCAGAGCCUCCCCUCAGUCAUUUUGCUCAGACAAGUUUAUCUGACUUGGCACCAGACACUCCAUUAUCAGUGGAACUGUUGCCCCCAUCGCAGUCUGCCUCCCCCCCUCACACAGAGUUUGGGCCCCAAUCUAAUGAGGCAUUACAAGCCCCUCAGACCAGCCAGGCAGAUACCAGUGUACCCACGCACCAACUGGCUCUUAUUGUACCCAAGGGGAGUGAUCUGGUGCCCCUAACUUCUGGCAGUCCAACCACCCCCGGAUACAAUUCCCUGGAGUCUGACCAGGUGCCCCAUCCAGAAUCCCCAGGUCUUAAUACUGACCUAUCACCCACCCCUGGAUUUAAUUCCCUGGAGUCUGACCAGGUGCCCCAUCCAGAAUCCCCAGGUCUUAAUACUGACCUAUCACCCACCCCCGGAUUUAAUUCCCUGGAGUCGGACCAGGUGCCCCAUCCAGAAUCCCCAGGUCUUAAUACUGACCUAUCACCCACCCCCGGAUUUAAUUCCCUGGAGUCGGACCAGGUGCCCCAUCCAGAAUCCUCCUGUCUUUAUACCGACCUAUCACCCACCCCUGGAUUUAAUUCCCUGGAGUCGGACCAGGUGCCCCAUCCAGAAUCCCCAGGUCUUAAUACUGACCUAUCACCCACCCCUGGAUACGAUUCCCUGGAGUCGGACCAGGUGCCCCAUCUAGAAUCCCCAGGUCUUAAUACUGACCUAUCACCCACCCCCGGAUACAAUUCCCUGGAGUCGGACCAGGUGCCCCAUCCAGAAUCCUCCUGUCUUUAUACUGACCUAUCACCCACCCCUGGAUUUAAUUCCCUGGAGUCGGACCAGAUGCCCCAUCCAGAAUCCCCAGUUCUUUAUACUGAUCUAUCACCUACCCCCGGAUUCAGUUAUCUGGAGUCGGACCAGGUGCCCCAUCCAGAACCCUCAGUUCUUAAUACUGACCUAUCACCCACCCCCGGAUACAAUUCCCUGGAGUCGGACCAGGUGCCCAAUCCAGAAUCCCCAGUUCUUUAUACUGACCUAUCACCCAACCCCGGAUUCAAUUCUCUGGAGUCGGAGCAGGUGCCCAAUCCAGAAUCCUCAGUUCUUAAUCCUGACCUAUCGCCCACCCCCGGAUUCAGUUCUCUGGAGUCGGACCAGGUGCCCAAUCCAGAAUCCUCAGUUCUUAAUACUGACCUAUCUACCACCCCUGGAUCAUCUUCUCUGGAGUCGGACCUAAUGCCCCAGCUGGAGGCUGAUUUGCCCCCCAGUACAAGAUCCCUUUUUUUUCUGGAGCCUGAGGUGUUGCCCCAAUCUGAGACAUGUCUUAAUAGUGAAACCCGACAGCUGUCACCCUUGGAUACAAGAAUUUUUCAGUCUUCUUUCGCUAAAUCCACCCCAACCCCAGAAACUGACCACCUGCCGUGGACUAAUUCCUAUUUGCCCCCAGAUGCUGAUGAUAUAUUUUCGGACAAACCCUUCCAUCUACAAUGCGACCAGUUUUCUCUUUCUGAAAUGUGCUUGGACUCUCCAUGUGACCAGCUUCCUGAGUCCGAAUCCAUUAUGACUCCAACAAGUAAGCGGUUGUCCCAGUCUAAAUCGAGCUUGGCUAGUGAAAGUGUUCAUAUGCUCCAGUCUGAAACCUGUUUGUUACCUGAAAAUGACCAGAUUGACACAAGUUCCUGUUUACCCUGUGAGCCUGACCAAUUGCUUUUAUCCAAAUCUUGUUUACCUUCUGAUAUGACUCAGUGGCCGCUGUGUGGCCCCCCUCUAGAUGGCAAACAAGCAACCUUACCUGAUUCCUGUUUACAUUACAAAAAAUCUCUUUUACCUUGGGACUGGACUCCACACCAAGACCAACAUUAUGAUCAUGGAUUUGAUUUUGGGUCUGAAAACUUCAGGCCAUUCCCCCAAGAAUCUGAUGACCUGCCCUUUAAUGGUGCAGAAGACCAGUUUGCAAUAUUUCGAUUGGAUACUCCUCCUCAACCUGAUCAAGUGGCUGAAUCUGACCAUCCAACCCUAUCUGAAGAUCUCCUAUUUCUGUCUGAUGCUUUUGCACAUUUGGAGGUGCCCCAUCCCCAAAAGGAAAGUGAGCAUUCCAGUGACCUGUACGAUCAGUUUCCCUUUAUGACGAGGGAUCCUUUAUCUAGUAAGGAAGAGUUGGCACAUAUUGACAAAAAAUUGCACUCAGCUGAGCUCAUUCCUGAUUUAUCUGAUCAGGUUCCUUGCACUCUCCCAGGCUUUGGAGAUGACCACGUGCCCCUCAUAAGGGUAAAAGACCAAUUGACUAAAACUGAAAGAACUCAGCCAGCCCCUAACAAUGUUGAAGAGCAAUACCUCCAACAUUCGAGUGGUUCCGAUAUAGAACAUGACCAUGGAAAUAUUGGUUGGAGUGACCAAUCACAGUCCUAUUAUCUGGAACUGCUAUUUGGCACUGAUAAUUUGCCAUCUGAAAAUGAUAGUUGCUCCCAUAGUUGCACACGUGUAACCCCUACAUCUUUAGAAUUUAUCCAUGAGAAUGAUUUAUUCUCUUCAAGUAAUUCCAUGGGACAUGCAAAUGAUUCAGAAGUCCAAUGUUAUUCAGAUUCCUAUAUUGAGACCAAACAUCCCCUUUCUGUUAAGACGUCGCCCGAUAAGACACCCCCUUUAUAUUUACCUAACGAGCAAGUCCUCAAUCAUUUCGAUGUUAAAGGCAAUAUUGUGGACCAGUUCAAUGUUGGCUCAUCCAGUAAAGUAGAAGGUUCUCCAGCAGAAUUUCCCGGUGAAUCUAACAAGUUGCCUUUGAUUAUUGUAACUGACCCCUUGCCUCUUUCUGAACAGACCCAAUCUCAUGAAAGGGACCAAUUACCAAGUUUCCCAGAGGCCUUACCCGAUGAGUUGCCCCAUUGUCAGACGGACACACCCCUAGAAUCGUCUCAGGUUCCUCUUUGCAAAGCAAUAGGACAAUUACUGUUGCCUCGGUCAGACACCCCACCUGAAAGUAUCCAGUUGCCUCUUUUUGAAACCUCCUCAUCAGAUCUACAUGACACGACAAGUCAAAUGCCUCUGUCUCAGACAGAUGGGCCCUCUGAGGAUACUUCUUUGCCCCUGUCUAGUGCCAAUCUUCCGUUGGCCUUGUGCCCUUUGGAGUCACCCAUAGAAAAUGUCCAGUUACCACCUUGCGAGGACACGGGUGCACACCAGCCUGCAGGUAACCCCCAGGAGCCCGCCUUGGCCCCUACACAGGCUAGUGACACAAUUUUGGGAUUGGCCCUGGAGACGGAACCUUCAGGCCUUGGAGAUGAGCUGGCCCGUCUCCGUGCUGUGUUUGAUGCUCUGGACCGGGAUAAAGAUGGCUUUGUGAAGAUGGAGGAUUUUGUGCAGUUUGCUACUGUCUAUGGAGCUGAACAGGUCAAAUACCUCACCGGUUACCUGGACCCAGCUGGACUGGGGGUUAUAAACUUCCGAGAUUUCUAUCGAGGCAUCUCAGAGAUCCAGAAUGAAGAUUUGGACAUGCAGCUGUACGACAUGGGAUAUCCCUCGGAGGAAGAGCCGGCCUGCUCGGUGGAUUUCGAUGAUCUUGCAGCAUUUGAGGUGACCGAGGUGACAGACAGCGCCUACGUGGGCUCAGAGAGCGCCUACAGUGAAUGUGAGACUUUCACGGAUGAGGACACUGGCGUGCUAGCUCCACACGAAGAUCCUGAGACAGAGGGAGUUGGGGGGGUAUCCAGACUGCCCCAACCUACAACGCCGGAGGGUUUGGAGCUCUCUCUGUGCGACAUCUCGGUCAUCACGGUAACGAGCCAGGAAGAGCAGUUUGAGGAUUUUGGGGAAGGAGCCGAGCCGGACCUGUUCAGCAAUCACUGCAAUGAAGAAGAAAAUAACGGCACCCUUGAAACGAAUGCCACCCAGCGGCUUUCCCCUAGUGGCGCCUCCCUGUCGGAACGACAGCUUCUGGCGCCUCCUCCGUGUUCCUCUCUGGGCGGCUUAUACUGCAGCCAAUGCCACAAACAUGUCAACCGCCUGGAAGACCUCUCCACCCGCCUCCGAUACCUGGAAAUGGACAGUCCCGACAAAAGACCUUCGAGCAGAAAAGAAGCUCGGAGGUUACAACACAGCUUCCUGGGGGAGGAUUCUGCCGAGCAGCAGCUUUCCGACAUGGCUUGCGAUGAGACAGAUCUCACAGACAAGGUUCUGUUCUUGGAGCAGCGGAUCAGUGAGCUCGAGAGAGAUGCAGCCACCACCAGUGAACAGCAGAAUCGGCUUCGACAAGAGAACCUCCAGCUGUUACAUAGGGCCCAUGCACUAGAGGAGCAGCUGAAAGAUCAGGAGCUGCGAUCCGAUGAAGUGCAGAGCGAGGAAAUCCGAAAACACAGAGACGAGCUCCGCAAAAUGGAGCGAGAUAAUGGCUACCAGCUCAGCAGCCUGAAAGCCAGGGUGCAAGAACUGGAGAAUGAGAAUUCAGAGCUGCGCUCACAGGUACCAGAUAUAAAGGCGACAGUCCAACGUCUGGAAGAGGAGAAGCUGAAGCUGCAGGAUGAGGUGGAAGUGCUACAGGGCCAAGUGAAGGAGCAGUGUGACUCCAACCAGAAACUGAGCGGGCAGCUGAGCAAGGAAAAGCAUAAUCAGCAGUCUCAUAUGGAGAGGUGCCAAGAGGUGAUUGAGGAGCUUCGCCGAGAACUGGAGCAAAUGCAGCUGGUGCGGCUGGACAUGGAGCAUCGACUGGGGUUGGGCAACAGUGCCGCCCUGCAGGAGUACAACAGCCGAACACGGGAGGCUGAGCUGGAGCAUGAAGUGCGGAGGCUGAAGCAGGAGCAACGAGCCCUGAAGGAACAAAACGAAGAGCUUAAUGGACAGAUUAUAAACCUCAGCAUCCAAGGAGCCAAAAAUCUAUUCUCCACAACCUUCUCAGACUCAUUAGCAGCGGAAAUUAGCAAUGUCUCCAGGGACGAGCUAAUGGAGGCGAUUCAGAAGCAGGAAGAGAUCAACCUUCGCCUGCAGGACUACAUCGACCGCAUCAUUGUGGCUAUCAUGGAGACCAACCCGGCCAUCUUGGAAGUGAAAAUACAUUAGCGUCAUCAGCUCUGUCGUUGUAGAGCAUGAACGACCCUGCCCAUGAUCCCUAGACCAGAGGAGGCAGGUCUGAGCCCUGGACAAAUGCGGACCCCCAGCUCUAACGCUUUGACAUGGCAAAGUCUGAUUGGAGAAGAUUUUCGACCUUCUUGUCCUGCUUCCAGAACUUAUUAUUUGUAUGACAAGCAAACUUCUCUUCACGGCGGAUGAGACCAGUACCUCAGUGUUGUCUCAAAGCCUAAGUGUCAUUACCUCUGUGACUCCAAGGCUCUCUGUCAGGCACACUGAGACCCGCUGUGCCGUCACUAUCGUAUGCACUGCCCACGGAGCUCAGCAGCACACACACGAGGAUUACACAUUAGUAGUACUAUGCACAGAGAGAGUUUACAUAUCACUAGUACUAUACCCCGUGUGCAUGCAGGGAGCAGGUAGGUAACCAGGCCUGGGCUGGGAUUCAAAAUAGGCCCCGGUAUUCCAAGUACACAGAGGCCCAAACAGCCCCCCACCAGCCCAAUAAAUAGUGACUGUCUGUGGCAUCUUACAGCAGCCCCUCUGGCAUUUGCCAGAACCCACAGAUUGCCAGUCCGAGCCUGCAGGUAACUAGUACUGUACCGUGGUAUUACAGCUGUGCACACAGGACUUCUAAACACUACUGGGAUAAUGCAAUAAUCUGCUCCAGGCCUGGUAACCCAUAGAAGCAACUCGGGUGUUUGCUUUCAAACAGGUGACCUACGUUUGGGUUUCUACGCCUGGGGAAAGCCGUGUGACUUUUGUUACAUUACCCCAUAUUUGACCAGGGGAACUCGCAAUUUCUAGCUGAUGUAUCAUUGCUUUAUGGACUCUCAUUGCAGUACUCGAUUGGAAGAAAAUUCCACAGAGCAAUGCACACGGGGGUGCACACAGUGAGACACUGUAUCAGCCUACGCCAACCCCCCCACAGCACAGGCUGGUUACUCUUACCCUACUCGUUCCCUACUACACCCUACUCUUGUAAUGACUAGUACGUUGGCCAUCAAGCCUGAAACGGUAAAGCCUUAUGCCCAUGAGAUAAAUUAAUGGAAGCUUCACUGUAUAUACAAAGUGUAUAAAUAAUGCAUCUAUCUUUAUUCAUAGCUCUCAUUAACAACAAAUAGCAGCGUUAUAUAUAUAUAUAUAUAUAUAUAUAUAUAUAUAUAAUAUAUAUAGUGCAUACACCCGUGAAACAUGAGAUUACACAGUUCCCUAUAAGCGGCCAAUCCCAACCCUUUAUUUUAUACAUAUGAAUAGCGUUACAAUAUACAUGACUAUACAUAUAUUUAUAUAUGUAUGUGAUAUUUAUAAAGGCUAGAAAACAAGGCACUCAUAUUAUUGAAAUGUCAAUAGCCCGGCUGCCCGUUUUUACUUACCUGCCUAACCUAGGAGAGAAGCUGAUUGGCUUUCCAAUGCGGUGGGUAUAGAAAAAGCCAAGAUUUUAUUGGUCAAGGUUAAAGCCAAAGAACUGAACUUGGGCCUUAACCUUGUUUUAAAUUAUUAAUAUUUUUUAGUGCAAAUACAGUAAAUGUCCUCACCCCGUACAAACUGCCUGGCUGAGAUGCAGGGAGUCGUAGAACCAAAAUAUGAUGCUGUUGCCAUAGAACUGGCCCCUCCUUGCUCUAAUGGCUGUAAGUUAAGGUCUGCGCAGGGAUAGUGUGCUCGUCCCAUAGGCUUGAACUCUUUUGGUGCUGCAUCCGAUGCCUCAUAAAGCCUCUGCUGGGGCUGAGAGGGUUAAAACAAAUGACUUUAACCUGCUGGAGUCUGUCUAUCUGUUCCUGCAUUCCCUUCCUCUGUCUCUUUUUAUACGCAGACUAAUUCCAGAUUUUUAGAGGCUUUUCCAAAAUGUUUCUACACGUAUAUGUAUAUAAGUACAUAGCAGAUAAAAUAUAUAUAUAUAUAUAAAUAUAAGUAUUGGUGGAUCUGUAAAUAUACAGGGUAUUGAAUGAAGGACAGGGCCGAGUCCUCCUGAGAAAUACACUCCUAUGGUGUAAUGGGAUUGUGUAAAAUAGCUUAAUGUAGAGCUGCGUGUGUGUGCGUGUGUGUAUGGCCCAAACUGGCCACCGUACGUCUCCUGUAGUGUAAGUGCGCAGGGCAGCGCCGGCCUAUAGGGAACGUUCUGUAGGUGCUUUCCCAUUGCAGAAGGACAUCAUUAACUUGCAGUAGAACCACUUCUGGCACUUUCGUCUUAAUCUGAUUGGUGACAAUAGCCGUAGGGACGAUGUAUAGGAAGG